CUGCCUGCAAGUCGGAUCGCAUCGUUUGAACGAUCAGUACGCAGGCGCGGCAUUCACGCGCGUGUUGCUUGCUCUCCGAAGGCAAAGCCUCCUGCACAGGUUUGCGUUUUGACGCCGGAGCGGUGCUUCAAAUGUCGUGAAAGAGGCGGAAAGAAAGAUCGAUAAUUAAUUUGACAAAAAAAUAAAAUAAAAAAAUAAAUAAACUUGGAUAUAUUGUGGUAACGAUAACAACAGAGAAUUAGAAAGAAAAAAGAAAAACGCGUAAAGAAAAAGAAAUUCGUACAAUCGUUGGGAUACAAUAAAACCGGGAGCGGAUAUCGACAGUGUUGUUGUUACGUGAAUGUAAUAUCGAGUGUUUAGUGCAGCGCACAUGAUUCUUAAUGUGGGAUUAUUAGGUAUUUAAAAUACUUGCGAAGGUGAUCGACGCACCCGUAACUCCGACAACUAUGGUGUGAGGAGGCAUCCCUGAAUCGGCGGUAAAGAUGGAUUCACACGUCGGUCUUGACUACAUAGUCGAAAAUCCUGAUUACUGCAGUAAACUUGCCUCGGCAUUGAACACGGCGAAUACUUCGGUAAAGAAGCAAGUUGUGGAAUUGCUGUCUGCCCUUUGCGUUUACAGUCAAGAUGGACGACAGAGAACGAUCGACACUCUCCAUACUUACCAGGAACUGAAGAGAGAACGGUAUCGGUUCCGCGUUGUUGUGGACGAGCUGCAGAAUGCCACAGGUGGCGAUUAUCGAACAGCACUACUUGCCUUCAUCAACUGCUUGAUCAUCUCCACUCCGAUACUCAAAGAUCGCGUGCGAAUACGAAAUGAGUUUAUCGGUCUCAAGCUACUGCCGAUACUCAACGAAUUGCGAAAAGAAUCCAGUCGCGUGCCGGAUCUCCAAGUCCAGCUGGAUGUCUUUGACGAACAACGAGAGAGUGACGAGGAACAAUCUCUUCAGGGUCCGUCGGGCAUUGACUUGUCCUCUCAUUUGGAUAUCUUCUACGCUAUACUGAAGCAGAUUGCAGACACUCCACAAGAAAUACCAUUUCUUAGUAUCCUGCAGCACUUGCUCCGUAUAGACCCUAAGGAACCCGCCAGUGACUUAGCCUGGGACACUGCGGAAACUCUGGUACACAGAGCGACUCUUUUGGAGAACAGAGAAGACGCGACGAAACUUCUUCGAUCACCUAGUCUGCAGCAGACAAAUUUAUGCUGCUGGGGUCGCGGUGGUGACCAGACAUGCAACUCGUCACGGAAGACCUCGGUGCCUCCACUUCCGCCGCUUCCGCCGCCUCCGCCGCCUCUACCGAUUCCAGGUGGGCCUAGUGUCGUCAUGGACGUGGUACCGCCGCCGCCAUUGCCACCCCUUUUACUGGCGGAAAACAGCAGCGGCUGUAAUUCAGGGCUGCAUCGACCGCCGCCAGUUCCACCGCCGCUCCAGGUUCCCCAGGUGGCAAGGUCCAGAACCCCAGAGCCGCCAAACUACAAUGCCAAGCUUUUGCCUCAGCAGGAAAUACCGACACCGAAGACCAAGAUGAAAACCAUCAACUGGAACAAGAUCCCUAACGACAAGGUCAUCGGGAAGAGGAACAUAUGGUCACUCGUCGCUAACAACCAUCAGAAUUCACCGAUGACUGACCUUGACUGGGCUGAGAUGGAGGGCCUGUUUUGUCAGCAGAUGCCACCCAUGGUCGCUCCCGCUACUCUCUCUACGACUUUCGCCGCGUAUGGCGUCGACACUGAGAAAAGACGGAGAGAACCUUCUGAGAUCACGUUGUUGGACGGAAAGAGGAGCCUGAACGUGAACAUAUUUCUAAAGCAGUUUCGGAGCUCCAAUGAGGAUAUAAUACAGUUAAUAAGAGAAGGUGGCCAUGACGACAUUGGCGCAGAAAAACUGCGUGGCUUGUUGAAGAUAUUGCCCGAAGUUGAUGAGUUGGAAAUGUUGAAAUGCUUUGACGGUGAUCGAUCGAAGCUUGGAAAUGCAGAGAAAUUUUUUCUUCAACUUAUCCAAGUGCCAAACUAUAAACUUCGUAUAGAAUGCAUGCUGUUGAAAGAGGAGUUCGCUGCAAAUAUGAGCUACCUUGAACCAAGUAUAAACUCCAUGAUCCUCGCUGGUGAGGAUCUCAUGACGAAUAAACCGCUACAGGAAGUUUUGUACAUGGUUCUUGUCGCAGGAAAUUUUCUCAACUCUGGUGGUUACGCUGGAAAUGCUGCAGGUGUAAAAUUAUCAUCGCUUCAAAAGUUGACGGAAAUACGUGCAAAUAAGCCCGGCAUGAAUCUGAUCCACUAUGUGGCAUUGCAAGUGGAGAAGAAGAGAAAAGACUUGUUGUGUUUCACAAACGACAUGAAGGCGUUGGAAGCUGCCACAAGGACUACUGUAGAACAACUGAGUAACGAAUUCAACUCUUUGGACACAAAAAUAAAGAAUAUUAAAAACCAAAUCAAUAUUCCGAGUACUGAUCAUGACAUUCAGGAACAAAUGGCACCGUUUCUCAAGAUUGCUGAACGAGAAAUGGCAGCAUUGAAAAGAGAUAUGGAAGAACUUGAAGGGGUACGUAGAACUCUAGCUGAGUUUUUCUGCGAAGAUAUAAACUCCUUCAAGCUAGAGGAAUGUUUCCGGGUAUUUCAACAGUUCUGUCAGCGAUUUAAACAAGCGAUCGCUGAGAAUGAACGUCGCCGAAUGCAAGAGGAACAAGCAAAAACCCGGCGAAGGCAGAGGGAACAACAAUUAACAGCGAAGAAACGUUUACUAUGUAAUCAAGCUGAAACCCCAGGUUCAGAAUCAGAGACGAAUAUAAUUGACUCUUUGCUAUACGACAUUCACGCCGGAUUCCCGCUGAAACAGAUCAAUCGAGGUGACGUCAAGGUGAGACGACUUCAAAACGGAGGUGUCACGUCGGAGGAGGAUGUCUCUCUGUCGGGAGCUCAAGGAAUUCGUUCCCGAGUUGGUUCCUGCUCUGGAGGACCGGACCAGAAUAUGGGCAAAGAAGAUACUUACUCUCCAGAUAUCACUCCUAACGGAAGCCUCCGCCGUCGACGAAGUCGAGUACCGUCUGAAGAGGACGAAGGUAACCUGAUGGACUUCUUGAGGACCUCUGGUAACGAUAACAUAAGGGAUCGAAAGUCGUGGGGAAGUCUCGAUCGAUCCUGGGCCCGCAGAGCUCGAGGACAACCACGACGCGGGGAUCUGUUGAAUGCAGAUUUCUCCGGAGAUCGUGAACGUCCAAACUCGCCAUCGCCACUCGUGGAAAACAAACCAUUUCUACAGGAAGAAGAAACGAAGCCAACCGGAAGGGCGUGGCGGCAGAAAAUUGAAGCAUGGUUAUCCGAAAAUGAGAAGGAAGAACGAGCCGGUGAAGAUCUUCAACGUCGAGCACGUCAGCUACAGGCAAAUCGUCGAUCAUUCGAAGAUUCUGGUAGCGAAGGCAAAAGUUCGACGAUGAAUGUCGUAUUUGAGGACAAACCAGUGCAGCAGGAAUAUACCAGAGUUUAUUCCGACUGGCGUCCAAAUGUCGAGGAAAGCGACGUGAUGAGAACCAUGGAAGCCAUAGAAGAAGCCCAACCGCAAAGCCCUCAAAAGGACAAGUCUCUCUGGCGAAAGUCCACAUUGAAUGUGCCAAACAGUUCGGAAGAAGCUGAUCCCCGAUAUCUGAAGAGGCUCAACUUAAGGUCCAGCAUGGAAAAUGUUCUGGCACCAAGCACUUUACAGGCGAUAAGAGAAGAGGAGCGUAAAAAGAACAUAAUCAGUUCUGUAGCGAAUUCACAAACGCCUGAUGAUUUGACGAUAUACAUUCGCCAACCGUACUGUGCGCCCACGAAAACAUCGACAUCUGCAGAAACGAGCGAUCACUUUGAACAGUUGCAGAGCCAGCAGAGUCAGAAAAAGAACACGAAGCCUGGAGGAAAGAACAACACGUCAACAGACGAUCAAAUAAGUGACAAAAUUGAGAUUGAUUCGGAUAAUAUUGAGACACCCCCGGCGACGAGGCGAGUGUUUAGCCCUCCUCGAGAAGUAAAACCAGUGGAGAAAGAGCCGUGCCGCAGAGAGCGGUGCAGCAGUUCAUUGCAGGCGCGAGAAUCGAAGGUUCCACAGUUGAAGAUAACGAAUCCGCCCGUAGAUCAGGGGAACGGUCACUUCGAUCGGUAUUCGGCGACGCGAAGGACGCGAAGAUACAAGAAGAACCAGGACGCGAUUCUUCACAAGGAGAACAAGCCGGAAAUCGAGUCGCCAACGAACGAGGUGCCUCAAGAAAAGCCGCAGAGGCCGAGGUCGCUGUUGUUAACGUCCGAGGACCAAAAGACCGAAGACUCAGACCCGCUGCUACGCAUAUGGCAGAGCAGAUUGCAGCAACGAAGCGCGGGGAAAAAGGACGAAAUUAACACGGCUCUGAAGGAAAUAACCAAGUCCGGAGAGGACCUGCAGCAUCUUGCGCGGACUCCAUCGAAUAACGUGCAGUCGCAGAGGGCCAGCCUUCGCGGAAGUCUGGUCAUGCAACCGGCGCCGAUAAUCCCGGUAACGAACACCGUGCUGAGCCCCGUGAUGCAGGAGACCCGGCCACGCGAGCCUUCGGUGAUGGUGGUCGAUCAGGCGAGGGCCAUUCCGAACCGAGAACGCAACAGAAGCAUGAUAGACCCGAGCCAAGUGAAGGAGGCGUUGCGCGUAAGCGCUGAAGCCUGUCUGACGACGAACGAAGAUAACAAAAUCCAAAUAAACGAACCAAAGCAGACAUCGAUGUUUAAGACUAAGUUUAUUCCGGACAUAAGCGUCACCUCGAACCCGGUCAGCAAGGCCAAGGUGGAGCAGGAGUUCAACGACGAAGGUUUCGAGGAGACGCAAAGUCUCGUUUCCGAGACGCUUAGCCAGGGUACUUCGUCCGGUGGUAAUUACGAAACAGACGCUCAGGAUUCGGCGCACAAUUCAUUGCCGCCCAAGAUACAGCGUGGCAACGACGAGACCGACGACAGGAACGUCGGCUCCAAGGCCAAGGCCGUCAAACAGGCAUCAAAGCUCCAGUCGUACGCCCAGCGGACUGCCUCUAUGAAGCCCAGAGCCGAAAAGACCAGGUAUCCGCCAAAACGAACGGGGAGUCUCGAGCGGGCAGAGACACCGAAAAUAAAGAACUCCAGGAACGAGGUAGAACGAUCCAGCUCGAGGAGCAGCCUCCGCAGCUCGAGGAGCUCCCUCAACAGCUCGACGUCGGUCAACACCGUUCGCAACAUGGCUCCCAGCCAUCACCAACUCGGUGGAUACACUUCGGCUAUUCGGGCUCUAACUACGGAUCUUCGAAAAAGCCCAUCCAUGUCUCCGGUUUCACCGGUUCACAACAACGGUGUAAGGAAAUACACAAAUCAGAGGACUGGAACGAGCAGGAUUCCGGCUAGUCGGAGCAGCAGCAGUGGCAGCAGCAUCGGCCCUGCUGUACGGAGUGUUCCGAAGCCCGCAUUGGUGAGUGCGUCGGAUUCUUCGAAGGGAAGUAACUUCAGAAAUCGGCCGGUGGUAACAUCUCGCAGCAGCAGCAGCAGCAGCAGUAUAGAGCCUCAUUCCCAGCAGCAAAGUCGCUUAACUCCUGAAAGGCUUGCGGGAACUGGUCGAAGCCGAUUACUGCAGCCUCGAGCUAGUAACAUCGUGCAAAGUCAUAGUUUCAUGCGGCCGACAGCCGCUAGCGUUAACAAAGGCUCCAUAUCAAAUCUUCCCAAAAGUAUAAGAAGCAUGGCUAAGUAGUUGAAGCAAAUUUAUUAUACUUCGACGAUGAAAAUGUAUAUUCAUUAUAUUAUACGUAUAAGUACGUUUAAUUUGACGUGAAUAG